UGGUUGUGGUACAGUUCAGAUGAACCAUCAAAUCUGGUGUCCGGUUCAGGUUUUCAGUUGCAGGUACAUCUGGACUCCUCCCACUUAAAUUUCCUGUACCCCGUUUCUUGCUCUCUCAUUGGCUGUAGGUCAACGCUGCAGUUGUUUUCAGUCAAAACAUAUUUCACAUUGCACGAUUUGGAAUCGCAGAAAGGUUCAGAUAUUUAACAUCCUAGAUAUCUCGCUGACAUUGCAACACGUCGGUGUUUCACUCAAAUCGCGUCUUUGAUAGUUCAUACGGAGCGAGCUCCGAUUUGCUCCGAUUUCAGGCUUUUGUCGGCGAUCUCCACAAAACUGUCAAGCGAAAAUCGGCCUUAAAAUCCUGUAGUGUAAACUCGGCAUAAGCGGGUAGUAUUCAGCUGAUUGUGAUUCUAACGUGGCAGCCCCCAUGUGUGGACCCUCUCCAUGUACCUCCAUCAAGGUUAGCCUACUGAUAUGACUAGAGUCUUCAUUUUAAUACGAGUGGUCAUGAUUUCCUACAUAUAUCACAAAAUUACAAUGAAUUUUCUUUGGAAGUUAAACUUUUAUAAUGAGUUAAAAUGACGGAUGGCACCUUUAACGUGAAGAUUUUCGAUAGCAUGAAUGUAGGCCUACAUGGAGAGGCGGGAUAUGGGAGGCGGCUAACUAAUUCUUCUGCACAGGUGAAUUGAUGCUAUUUAAUGAGAUGCUUUUGGACACUUGUGACUGUUCAGGCGUUAGAGUGGGCUACUGCUUCCUUUUACUCGGGUAUCUUUUUAUACAUAAAGAAAAGCAACAUGGUUUCACAACUGGAAAAUGCAAUGGAAGGCCUCAUUAAAGUCUUCCAUACAUACUCUUCCAAAGAAGGAGACAAGUACAAACUAAGCAAAGCUGAGUUAAAGAGCUUACUUCAGGGAGAACUUGGUGACUUUUUAGCAGCGAGUAAAGACCCCAUGGUUGUGGAGAAGAUAAUGUCUGAUUUGGAUGAGAACCGGGAUGGAGAGGUGGACUUCCAGGAGUUUGUUGUUCUGGUGGCUGCUCUCACAGUGGCAUGUAAUGAAUUCUUUGUAGAGAGCAUGAAGAAUUAAAUGAAGUGUCUGUCUU